AUGAAAUCGCUAGAGAUAAAAGAAUUAAGAGAUUUACUCUUAUGGCGUCUAACAAUGAUCACUGUGAGAGCUAAAACACCUAUAAUCAAGAUUCCAGCUGCUAUUGGAAGCACAUACACUAAAUAUAUAUUUACUUUGGAAUUCGGAGUUGGACUUACUGAUUUAAUUCUUUCCAACGCGAAGCAAUGGUACUUUUCUCGUUUCCGAAGGUUUAAAUCAAAUAAUCUUGUCUUACCAUCAAACUGCCAGUACUGA